AUGCUGCAGAUUCGGGCAGUGUCGGGUGAAGAUCUCGUUGCGAUUGACUUGGCGCAGUUCCUCGAGUCCCUGCCUGCAGGCAUGCAUCCUGUCCGGGCAUUGAAGCAACACUUGCACAGCUUGUGCGGGCUGUCAAGGUUCAGGCAAAGGCUUAUCUUUCUGGAUGACGAUGUGGUUCUUGAUGACGAUGCCACCUUGAGGCCCGGCGAAGUGCAGGUCGUACGUCUAAACUUCUGCCCAUCAUCUAAGAAGCAAGUGACAGCGCUCCGGGAUGCUGCAAGAAGCGGCCGAGCAGUGGAUGUGGAUAGUAUUCUACAAAGGCCGCAAGACCCAGAUGCUGUUUUUUUUGAUCGUCCAUCCCCAUUGUUUCGCGCAUCUGAGCACGGCCACCUGGAGGUUGCACGUCUUUUGCUGGAGGCCAAUGCAGACAAGGAUAAGGCCGCGAGUGAUGGCGCCACCCCGUUGCUCGUUGCAGCUCGGCAGGGGGAGCUGGAGGUUGUAGCGCUUCUGCUGGAGGCCAGAGCGGACAAGGACAAGGCCCAGAAUGAUGGCCGCACCCCGUUGUUCAUUGCAGCUCAGCACAGACACUUGGAUGUUGUACGGCUUUUGUUGGAAGGCAAUGCGGACAGGGACAGGGGCAUGCAGGAUGGCACCACCCCAUUGCACAUCGCAGCAGGACACUUGGAUGUUGUACGGCUUUUGCUGGAGGCCAAGGCGGACAAGGACAAGUCCAUGCAGGAAGGCUUUACCCCAUUGCACAUCGCAGCACGCUGUGGACACUCGGAUGUUGUACGGCUGUUGCUGGAGGCCCGUGCGGACAAGGACAAGGCCAUGCAUGAUGGCGCUACCCCUUUGUUCGUCGCAGCUCAGGAUGGACGCUUGGAUGUUGUGCGGCUUUUACUUGAGGCCAAUGCGGACAGGGACAAGGCCACGCAUGAUGGCACCAAACCUUUGCUGGUCGCAGUACAGGAUGGGCAUGUCGAGGUCGCAUGCCUGUUGCGCAAACGUGGGCAUGGUCCUUAA